UUUCUCUAAUAAUUUACUUCUCUCUCUCUCUCAAAAAAAAAAAAAGAAGCUCUAGAACAAUUUUUGUUUUAAUGACCAUAGUAUCCGGGGUCAGCUUUACCCACCUCAACUAAUUCCACGAAAUACCUGUCACCUCAUAUCAGCGUGAAUUAUAUGACAUUACUUAUUAUUAAAUCCAGCUUGUUCGAUCCAAAUGGGUACUUAAGUGUAUGCAAAUAUGUCGAUUAGUCCAGAAGAUAGUAAUAACUUUGUUUAUUAUAAGUAGACUUUAAUGUUGAGUUUAUUUUAAUAAAUUGGCUCUAAUAAAAGAGAUUAAUUAUGUUUUAAUUUACCAGGAUUUUUAAUGUAUUAGAUAGUAGAGUCUAAUUUUGGUUUUAUAAGUCGUUUAGUACCGUUCUGCUACUAUCUGUUGUCUUUAUUACUGUCGGGUAUGUUGUUGUAGUAUAUAUUCAGAGCUGGAUCUAGAAUUGAAGACAUUUUAGAAGCUUGUGAGUAUUUGGCAGGUAAUUAAGAUUCGACCGUUCUAAAUGAUUUGUGAGUAUUUGGCAGGUAAUUAAGAUUCGACCGUUCUAAAUGAUUCUUCCGAUUGACCCAGCAAAUAAAUUAUCGUUCAAUCGCUGCAUUAAAGAUGGAGAUUUGGUCAUUGUGUAUGAGAGAUACGAUACAAUGAAAGCAGUGAAAGUCAGUGAGGAUGGGGUUCUGCAAAAUCGUUUUGGUGCUUUUAAGCAUUCUGAAUGGAUAGGUAAACCAUUCGGGUCCAAGGUUUUGAGUAACAAAGGUGCUUUUGUUUAUUUGUUAGCUCCAACUCCUGAGCUAUGGACGUUAGUGCUGAGUCACAGAACGCAGAUUCUUUAUAUAGCUGACAUUAGCUUUGUUGUUAUGUACUUGGAGAUCGUUCCUGGUUGUUUGGUUCUUGAAUCUGGUACCGGGAGUGGAUCUUUGACAACUUCUCUUGCAAGGGCUGUUGCCCCCACUGGCCAUGUUUAUACCUUUGAUUUCCAUGAACAGAGAGCUGCCUCAGCUAGGGAGGACUUUGAGAAGACGGGGUUGAGCAAUCUGGUCACAGUAGGAGUAAGAGAUAUACAGGGCGAAGGGUUCCCCGAUGAGUUUUGUGGGAGGGCAGAUUCAGUAUUCCUAGACCUUCCUCAACCUUGGCUUGCCAUUCCUUCUGCUGGCAAAAUGUUGAAACCAGACGGAGUAUUGUGCUCCUUCUCUCCAUGCAUCGAGCAAGUACAACGUUCCUGUGAAACACUCAAAUUGGAUUUUACAGAUAUACGAACAUUUGAAGUGCUUCUACGCACCUAUGAAGUUAGACAAAAGAUACUAGAGAGCUGCCCAGUAAAUGAAGGAGAUUCUAUUGAACGUCCUCCACGGAAGAGGAGGCAGGGUUCUGCUGAAGGAAGCAAUGGGACAGAAUGCUCUUCUUCUCCUACACCGGUGAUUAGGCCUUCUGGUGAAGCAAGAGGUCAUACUGGCUAUUUGACAUUUGCGCGACUCAAAUGUUUUGUGUAAUCUGUUUCAACGAAUCUCCAAUUUUUGUGGUCGAGUACACUCUUCGUGCUUACUUUUCUUGUUGAUUCUACGACUAGAUAUCAGACAAUUUUGUCUCGAGAUUUAACAAAAAGAAAGAAUUGCUUCUCCCCUAA